AAAAAAACUUAUUUACAAGUUACAUUAUCAAAACUAAGGGAAUCUUUUCAUCUGUGUUUGUUGUCUACCUUUGUUCUCUUGGAAUACCGAACCGAAGAAAAUGCUACUGUUGUUGCAACGAAUAAUAUAUUGUCAGCUUUGCGUGCUGAUAGUCAAUUCGGCACCAUCACUCAUUAAAGUGGAAGGUGAUAAAACAGCUGUUAAAUCUCCUGAGUACCUCGUCAACAACACGGAAGGCACCAUCAUCAAAGAUAUCGACGAUGGCAAAACUUCUUUCCCUGUUAACGCCACGAAGAAUAUUGAAAAUAAUAGAAACUCGACAGCCUCUAACAACGAUAACGAUGGUAAUUCUAUGAAACGGGCAGACCCAACUAUCAAAACGAUAAAACCAACUGCUGAAAAAAUGAAAGACAUUAAAAAGAAACCAAAAUCAAUGAAAUCUUUAAAAGGGAAGAAAGGCAGAAAGUCAGCAUCCUCCGAGAGGACAUUCACCCCUUCGAUGUCCCCGGUCAUAGGUACCAAAACACCGGAUCCGUUUUACGAUGGAUUUGGAUUUUUCGAAACAACAACACCAUUAUUUGUCGAUAUGACUUCUACCACUACUCCAGCACCUCUCACCCAUGCACCCAAACAACCUACAACGACCUUUUCACCUUGUCCACCAAACAUUCGAGCCAAUCCUAAUAACAAAAAUGAGUAUCACUACCUCACUGGUCCUUGGUCGGGAUACUAUAUAAAAUGUCCUGCAGGUUUAGAAUUCCGUGAGGAUAAAUGUAUUUGUGAUUAUCCACGUAUAGAAGCGGUCAAAAAUUGUCCUUGUUGCGAAUCUGGUGUCAUGAAACACGACAUGCACAAAAAUAUGUUUAAGCGCCUGAUAAAUGGAGUGUGGGUUGACGAUUCCUGUCAGUUCCAUUCUAUGGUCUGGGAUGACAAAGAGUGCAAGUGUGUCUGGGACACCGAAAUGUCUGACAGAGAAGAUAUGAAAACCGAGGAACAUUUGAAGGCUUACAGUUUAUACAAUGAAAGAUGUGUUACUCUCCUGAACAUGACCCUAGACAAAGAACUGAAAGAUGAAGACGGAAAACACAUAACCGGAAUCAGAAAAAUACACAGUCGGCGAUUUAAGGCCAUCAAAGGAGCCGUCAACAAGGCUAUGUUGUUUGUGUAUACCCCAUUUGAAAUGCAGUCUUUCAAAGGAAAUAGCUUGGAAAGGAACAUCUACAUCAGCUUUAACUUUAAGCCUGUGGUACAGAAUGCAAAGAAAGUCACGCUUUUUACAAAUGGUUGUGAAACACAAACAGCUAUUCGGGAGAUGUUGGCACCUUCAAUAGAGAUUAAUUUCUUACCACGUGAUGAAACAUUGGAGUUUAUAUUAAAAACUGAAUCAAAAUCAGUGGAUAUACAUGCGAAGCCAGUACGGGACCCUUUUGAUUGGUACAGAGUUAGAAUGUAUCUCCAAGACAACGAAUUAACAAUCAUCGUCAACAAUGAUAUUCUCUAUCGUUCUAAUGAUUUAAAUGGUAAAAUUAUCAGCACAAAUUGUAACUUAAUGAUUGGAGGGUCACCUUUUAAUAAUGAUCAGAAGUAUAUGGGAUAUAUGGACGAGAUAUUGAUAGUGAAGCAAUGUCCGUACGCAAAAAUACACAACAUUGGACUACAAGCUGGCUGAACCAGACAUAAUCCACGAGGUGAAUAAUAUCAAAUCCCCAUUUGAUACAGUUUGACCUUGGUUUCCCAGAACUUUCAGUCUGGAUUGAUGGAAAGUUUUUGAUUUGCCAAACUCUUGAUUUCUUACUUUUAGAGGUGCUUCUGUUUCUCUGC